GAAUUCAUUUCCUGUAGAACAGCUCUGAGAACGGAGGAGGAGACGAGAAGUCCAAGGAGAAGGAGUUCUAUCUCCUGCUCUCCUGCUGGAUUACUGACUCCACUCUCCUCCCAGCACCUCCCAACUCAGGAGGAGCAGGAGGAGGAGAGGGAGGUGCACGAUGGCUGAGCCCCUGCUGAAGAGGACAUUCUCCAGGCUGAGAGGCAGAGACAGAAGCCGCAGGAAGACAGACCCCAAACUGAGCGAGGCUCCAGUCCGGCCCGACAAUAUCUUCCAGUCCUCUUCCUCACCAUCGUCGCCAACACUUACAGACCCUGACCCCCCAUCGCCUCCUCGAAACCAUAUCACAGUGGCGAAGAAACAGCAGUGGGCGCGUCAGGGCUCUGCAGCUCCACCCACCUUCUUGACUUCAAGCUCCACCAUCAGACUCUCAGACCAGGAGAGACCCACAGGGAUAUCUCAGGAUGCAUCUGGGCAGGCCUUGAGCCAUAGGCUGGUGCAAGACAAGAUGCAGCAGUGUGCUGACAGGAUGUGCACCAAUCUGGCCUGGGAUAAGACCAGUGCCUCCUGUGUUAGUACAACAAUGCAACAGGAAUCCUAUUACCCAGCAGGGGACCCCACUGAAUCUCCCUCCACCUCCGUCAGUGCCAAGCUGUCGGGCCAGCGUGCCUACCUGCAGAGCCUGGAUCGCAGCAGCCGAGCCUGGGUGCUUUCCUCAGGAAAGACUUCAGAUGAAGUGUGCGACCCUCAGGAGGACAGUGGCAGCAACAUCUGGUACAACCCGAUCCCUGAGGAGGAGGACUUAGGAGGUGUACGCCAGGAAGAGGAUGUAUGGAAGCGGAGGGCAAAAAAAGAUGAGCCUAGUGCUGGAACAGACAUUGGCGGAGGUUGUAGCAGUGACAGUCCACUGGAGGACUUUCAGUGCUCCAGCCUCCCCAAUCCAAGUGUCAGUCACCAUAUCGAUGACAUCAAAGCAGAAAAUACAGACUCUCCUCCAGACUCUAGUCCCGCCUCCCAAAAGAAAGGGGGUGUGUCAGGCAGUAUGAUUGACAGGUUGAGGUCGCCUGGUACGGUAAGAAAACUCUCUCUAAAGAUGAAGAAACUUCCCGAGCUGCGCCGGAAACUCAGCCUCCGCUCAUCUUCUCGGGCCCAUCGGCAAGCAAAUGACAAUAGAGGAUGCGGAGAGGAGUCGGCUGGUAAGAGCACGGCAUCAUUAUUGGCGCUCUCCAACCAGAACGUGAUCAGCAAGUAUCAUCUGGACAGCACCACCUCUCCAGCCCGACCACAGCGACGGUCAUCAAGAGGACUUUCAGCCAGUAAAGGAGGGUAUCUUAGUGACGGGGACUCCCCUGAACUACUGCCACGACAGUACCCCUCUCAACACAUGACCUUCCAGGAUGGGCCCUGCGACGUCAGCUCAUUCCAGCUGUAUGUGGGCUCCGACCCGCCGAGAUGCAGCCAACGGGUGACAGGUUUACUGACAGUCCACUUGCUGGGGCUGGAGGAGAUGAAGACCAGCAGGUCAGAGGGCAGUAAGGAAGUCUUCCUGGCGAUACAGAUUGAUGGGGUGACGAGAGCGCGGACUGCCCUCUUGAUGCUGCGAGGCUCGGCCCUCCCCUUAAACCACACUUUCCACCUGGAGCUAGAGCGAGCCAGGCAGCUCCGCAUAGUGGUAUUAACACCAGUCUGUGCACCCAAAACAACAUCCGAGCAGAGUCCCAACUCAGGUGGUCCAACUAGAAACCGGGUGUGCGGUCUGGGUGGGGUCUCCAUCCCUCCUCUCUUCAAAGGGAGUCGCUGUCAGCAGCUCUGUGUGAAGCUGGAGCCCAGAGGACUUCUCUAUAUCAAACUGUCUCUGCAGGAGAAAUGGGACACACAGCCCAACGGCGACACGUCCACCCCGUCCUCUGUGUUUGGGGUUGAGCUCCACCACCUGGUGGAGAAAGAGGGCUCUGCAACUCCCGUACCCCUGCUGAUCCAGAAAACAGUGGCAGAGAUCGAACGACGGGGACUGAAGGUGGUAGGUCUUUACAGGCUCUGUGGUUCUGCUGCGGUGAAGAAGGAGCUCAGGGAUUGGUUCGAGAGGAAUAGCUCAGCAGUUUGUCUGUCUGAGGACCUCUACCCUGACAUCAACGUGAUCACAGGGAUUCUAAAGGACUACCUGCGGGAGCUGCCAUCCCCCCUCAUCACUAGGACUCUGUACCAGGUGGUCCGGGAGGCCAUGACCCUACGACCCCCACCUGUCCAACCUGCAACACCUGAUCCCCAACUGUCCCAAAGGACCAUGGAACUGCUGUCUUGUCUGCCACCUCCAGAAAUGGCCACUCUGUCGCUCCUGCUCGACCACCUCAGCCUCGUAGCAUCUUUCAGCUCCACCAACAGGAUGACUCAUCAGAACCUUGCCGUGUGCUUCGGGCCUGUGCUCCUCACGCCAACCCAAGAUGCGUGGAGGGGGGGAGGGGGGAAGUCGGGAAGAGGAGCAAUGAAGGGUCUCUAUAAUGGCGAGGAGAUGGCGAGCGCUGUGGACUUCAAACGGCACAUCGAAGCGCUGCACUACCUGCUGCAGCUGUGGCCAGUGCCGACUCAUCGAGCACCAGCCAACGCCAAUGCCUCACCUACUCCCUCCUCCACCCUUCACCAGAAUCCUUUGGUGCAGCAGCAGCGGCAUCCUGCGUUGCACCUGGCUCUGCAACAGAGCCCUGAAGAGGAGGUGGUGGUGUCACGGCGAGGGCGCGGUGGUUUGGCCCGGCUGGAGAGUCCACCGCCAAUCAACAGGUACGCGGGAGACUGGAGCGUUUGCGGCCAAGAGUUUCUGACCGGGCAGGAUGCCGAUUACGAUGAGGUGGCAGGAAGUGAGAGCGAUGCAGGGAGUGAUGAUGAAGACGAGGAGGAGAAGAAGAGGGCAUGGCCACCAGGAGGGGGCGAUGCUCUGUACAUGGAUGACUUCCUGGACUUUGACGCUCCGUUUAACUGUCGACUCAGCCUGAAGGACUUUGACACGCUGAUCCACGACCUGGACCGCGAGCUCGCCAAACAGAUCUGUCUGUAGAGAAGGAGGAGCAGGAGGAAGAUCUGACCUCAUUAAAUUUCAGAUCAGCUGAGUUUUAAAGUGUUUGUCUCUGAUGGUUUGAGUUUGUGCUUAAAUGAAACUACAAUGAUGUUUGUGUGGGAAAGCAGAUCAGCUGUUAGCUUGACAUCGGACGUUUUACUCUGUAGCUGUUUUCAGCAAUGAGAGCAGAAUAACUUUUCAUGGCAACAGGGAUGAACAUUAAUAAUCGCUCAAUGUUCAGAAUUCAUCAAAGAAACUUUUUAUAACUUUUUCAGUGAAUUAUAAUUAAUGUUGAUUUAUUUAAUGUAAUGAAAAAAAACACCUGACAUGUUUAUUUUCAGACUUUUAAAAAAGAGAGAAGAGUAAUUUUACUCUUUCAAAAGCAAACAUUAAAAAUAAAAAAAAAUGAAAACAUUUCUCAUAAUAAUAAAAAAUAAAUAAUUAGCAUGAAAAGAAAAACCUGAACUAAUCUUAGUGCUGGUAAAAUAUGAGUUUUGUAUUUCUCUGUUUUGGGCCUUAAAGAAGAAUAUUCUAGUUAAAAUAAAUAAAAUGAAAUAAAUAGUUAUCCUGAAAAAUGGGAAAUGUUCUCAUUACCAUGACUUUAGAGUCUUUUUCAUUGUGAGAAUGUUUUUAUUGAUUAACUAUAAAGUUAAAAAAGGAAACAAUUAAAUUUGUGACCUUUAAAUCAUCUAAACUCAUACAACCUUCCAUUAUCCCAUCAUCAGGGCUCAAAGUAACAAUGUUCUCAUUCCUUAAAUGAUAGAAAAUACUCUUUAAAUAUAGGGAAACUAUAAUCUGAAAAAGGUGAUCACGGUGAUGAAGGUUCUCAAAUCAAGUUUCAUUCAAAGUGUUUCUUUGGUGAAGUCUGAAGGUGAGGCUACGUCGCUCUUUAAACUGAUUAAAUCAGCUGCUCAGGACGUCCUGAAGGAGGCGCUGUGCCUACAACCAAACAGGAAUUUAUUCCUGUUUGGUUCAAAAAACAGGAAUAAAUUCAAAAAAGGACUCAAAGUUUUUCCCCAUACACGUGUCUGAAGCUUUAAUUUGUGCUGUCUGUAACUUUGACCCUGUUAUGGCGUGGACGGUGACAGUCUCAGGGUGAGUCUAACGUUAAAACCAAAGUAUGUGCCUCAGAGCCUGUGAGUUAACAUUAGCUCACAAAGUCCAAUAAUCAUGUUAUUGGACUAAUGUGUUGGUUCGAGGACACAUCUAAAACCUGCAGGGACACCAGCCCUCGUGGACUGAGAUUGCCCACCCCUGGGUUAGACAGUACGCAUACUGGGGUUAUUAAUAACAACCGCUCUCUGAGGUCGUGGAGCUCCAAGUUCAGGCAUGCCGUUCAGAGACCCAAACUGUCCACAAACUUUGGACCUGACUGCAGUUUCAGUGUGAAGAAUGAGGCGUGGAGGAGGCACAGGAACCUCCCUUCACAGCGGCGAGCACCGGAUAUCUGGGUAUCAGGGCUGGACCUCGGAGGAUCUGGUGUUGGACUGUUUGCACUGUUCAAGCCAUAAUUUCUGUUUUGAUGGUACAGAGUUUUGUCACUGUGAGUUUGUGAAGUUUGAAGCUCUUUUCUUCUUGUUGUUGCUGACAGUAUUAUUAUUAUUAUUAUUAUUAUUAUUAUUAUAUUAUUGUUGUUGUUGUUGUUGUUACUCUGUUUUGCACAUCUUCAAUAAGCACUUGUGUUUUUUACAAUGAAGACGACGUUUGUCUGCAGAUGAAGUAAGCAAAGUGAUGAAGCACAGUUCCUGUUGGAACAGAACACAAUCUGUGUCUUAUUACCCCAAACAGCUAUUAAACACCUUAUUAAUGAAG